AUGAGACGAGAUGGCGCGAGACCUGGUGAGCAUCUGUGGGUCAAUAAACUUCAGGGCUACAAGCUUUCUCGACUACCGUAUGCUGGUGUCAAUCAGCACAAGAUGCAAGGAGUGAUUGCCGUACCUAUCAGCGUUCAAAAUCAGCGUUCAAAAGAGAGACUAAAUGAUCGCACUGGCCCAAUUGUUGAGCCCGGCGCCGGGACAGGGAAGCAGCGAUGUCACACCUGCGACGCGCGAAACCUCGUACGAUACCUAUGGUUGACUGCCUACUCGAAAUCGCUAACCACACACAGUGAUAUUCGAGCCCAUCAAGGUCCAAGAACGCUAAACGAACAAGCAACGUCGAAUGCAGCAGCAUUGCCGAACCAGCCAGCGCAAGCUAAGGAACCUGCGUUGCCGAACCGAUCAGCACUGUCAAACGAACGAAUAUCGUCGAGCGAACCAGCAUUCCGGAGCGAUGCUACUACGCUUGCUGAUCCAAGCGAGCCUGGAGCAUCCACAAGCGAGCAACCACAAUCAGACAAAUCUGUUCCAAAGCAGACGGUUCGCUACAACGGCCAAAAGUGGGAGUACAAAGGCUACAAGUGGUUGGAAGCAGGCAUCCUGUCCCUGGAACUCAAGCUUGUCGGAUCGAACGGUGGAACUGAGUUGGUCCGCGAGAUAGAAGUGCAUCGCGACAACCCUGAGGGGCUUCUCGGGCUAUGGAAGGCUACUCCCCGACCCGAGCCUAGUUCUGAAAAGUACGAGCCUCUGCAGGUCGUCGAAAAAUCAGAGGAUGGGCGGUACAGGAUGCAGUGGACAGGUUUCGAUGCGCUGGAGAACACGUCAUUAGAGCCACCGGGGAAGAUUCGCAAAAUCGCCCCGGACUUGUUGAAAGAGUACCGAAACAAGCAAACAGGAAACCAAGCAAAGCGCCCGGCCAAGACUUCUACGCGGGCUAUCAAGGCAGCCAAGCAGCGGAAGCCGCAGCGUCCACGGCGUGGGAGACGUCAGCCAUUGCAGGUAGCCACCGCGCGUGCCAAAUCCGGCGACCUGCGUCCCGUGCGGGUCAACUCCCAGAACUUCGCAUCGGCUGAACCAGCACUCAACUACGCUUUUGGCAGCCGCACAAGCAGAAAUUUGCGCGAGGUGGACGCUGAUAUGUCUCACGCUGCUGAUGUUUUAAAGAAAAUUGAAGACGAUCGUGACGGGGACUUUUGUGAUUUAACAAUUGCGUCCGGUCCGUUUCGCUUCGCGGUGCAUAGAGUGGUUGUCUGCGCACAGUCUCAAGUUAUUCGGACCGCUUGCACCGGCCCAUGGAAGGAGGCGGCUUCCGGCGUUUUGGAAGUCAAAGAGUGGCCUGCCGAGCUCGUUAGACGCAUGGUCGAUUACAUGUACACCGGCACCUCUGCAGAUUGGCCUGCUGAAGCAAACGAGCAGGGCGAUGUGCAAGGAGAGGGCCGGUCGUGUUUCUCCGAGCCAAUGAUCUUCCACGCAAACAUGGACGUUUCGCAAAACAAUCAUCUUGUGGUUGAGAUGGCUGGCGGCACGAACUUCCAUGCUGACGAUGUCACGAGUCAGUUGAAAGACGCUUUAUGCGGCACAACCUUUCGGGAGACAACAGCGAGACCCGCUUUGGCGUCGACUAUGACGCCCAUUCCUCGUGCCAACAUGGCCGGGUAG